GCGCCACCCUCCCGGGACUGCCCCCGCUGCGCGCCGCUCUUUCCCUCCCGGCUCGGUCUGCGCGCCGCUUCUCCGCAGAGCAGAGCAUGGGGCUGCCUCGGAGGGCGGGGGACCCGGCGGAGCUGCGCAAGAGCCUGAAGCCGCUGCUGGAGAAGCGCCGCCGCGCGCGCAUCAACGCGAGCCUGAGGCAACUCAAGGGGCUCAUCCUGCCGCUGCUGGGCAGGGAGAGCUCCCACUGCUCGAAGCUGGAGAAGGCGGACAUCCUGGAAAUGACCGUGCGCUUCCUGCAGGAGCUGCCCGCGUCCUCCGGCCCGGCGGCAGCGCCCGCGCCCUCCGACGGCUACGGUGAGGGCUACCGCGCCUGCCUGGCGCGUCUGGCCCGUGUGCUGCCCGCCUGCCGCGUCCUGGAGCCCGCCGUGAGCGCUCGCCUGCUGGAGCACCUGCGGCGGAGGGCGGCCGGCACCACCCCCGACGGGGGGCGCGCUGGGGACUCCUGCGGCCCUCCCGCGCCUUCCCCGCCGGCCGCGCCCGCGCCCCCUGAACCUUCCCGCGGCCUCUGGAGGCCCUGGUAGCCCCCUAGCCAGUCCACGGACCCUGCUGGCUGCAAGAGACCUGGGGCGCUGGGCAGACAGAGGAAACCCGUGGUGCCAGCUGCUGUUCCCGUCACGAGGUAGCAGCCCAGCAUCCACAGGCCGGAACCUGGAUGUUUGUGAUCUGUGUGGCGACUGAAGGUCAUGCGGGCUCAGCUUAAGGCAAUCAGUGGAGCAGCCCAGCCUCACCCCAACUUGGGUGCGUCUAGGUGGAGGCGAAGGGGGAAGGUGGCUGCAGAGGGAGGAAGGAAGGAUCCCCCCACUGCAGCGACUGGAGGUGGGCCCUGGUACCAGGCCAGCCAUGCUCGGGCAGCUGGCACCAGCCCAAAGACUGGGCCAGGAGUCUGGUCACUGCCCUCCCAGUUGGGCCUGGCUCCUUAACAGCUCAGCUUUGGAACCUCUGGACACACAAUAGCAAUGGCCUGAGGGGCUCUAAGGGCCGGGCAGCCAUCACCUCUGCUCCUGGGCUCUCCUGUCCCAUGAUUUCAGUUAUAGGGACCGGGUGCAGCCAAGGCUCUGUGUUGCUGGGGUUGGGGGCAUUGUAACAGAGCCUUGGACUUACUUCCCCAGCGUUGUUACCUCUAGGGGGUCUUGGGGUGUGAGGAAGGGGUGGGGUAAGGAGGGUGCCCUGUGGCCUCAAGGAAGUUUGUCGCUUGGAGGGCCUGGGCCCAGCAGAGUCCAUGCCAAUGUGAGAUGAGCAGGGCCUGUGUGUCACCCAGAGCGGCAGAAAUUCAGGGGAUAAGAACAAGUAAAGGAGCGGGGAAACACCUUUCCUCAUUUUCUCUUGCAAA